AUGGCUCCCCGCCUAUCUUCCCUCCUUGCUGGCUGCGCGCUACUCACCAUGUCUGGGUUUUACUUCAGCAUCCAGGGCGACCAGUGGUGCUUCCACAACCCAGACAGCAUCAACGGGCCUUUUGUAACUGCCCGGCACUGGUCUUUGGGUGGCCACGGCUUGGCUUAUAUCACGUCCUCGGACCUCCAGGAGCCUGGUUGGCAAUGCUCUACGCUUGCUGUGGGGACAGAGGCGCUGAUCUUCAAAGGUCCUGCUACAUGCCGGUCCCUCAUACCCAUAUCCGUUCACAACUACUGGAACACCGUGACAAUACAGGCCUCGAGUAUCACAGAGUCGGGCAGUAACUGCAGCUCGUGCCUUUAUUCGGAUGUGCCAGUGGGUGGGCCCUGGCCUCAGAUUCCAUGUUCUGAGCUGCCACCUCACAGGCCUUCCCAGGAUCCUACAAUCUCAGACCAACUUCACAUUUCCUAG